CUGAUUUCGGGGUCAAGAAUCUGGUUUAUUGUAUCUGUCAGAAGUUUUUGAGUUCUCCAUCAAUGAGUUUGUGGGAAGCUUCUCUCAGUUGGCUGCGUGGGGUAAACAGAUUCAGUGAAUGCUUUUGCAGCCUCUUGUUCAAGCAAGAAAUGGAACUUUCUUUGAUGGGCCUUCAAAAUGCAGGAAAGACAGCACUUAUCAAUGCUGUUGAUAAUGUUGGAUAUAGUGAAGACCUGGAUCCUACGAUUGGUUUUCACAUGAGGGAAGUGACAAAAAGAAAUGUUAUUUUCAAGCUAUGGGAUGGUAGUGGGCAAUCAGGAUUCCGCAGCUUUUGGGAAGGUUUUUGCCGCGAUAAUCCUGCCAUUGUGUAUGUAGUUGAUGCUGCAGAUCUUGACAAUCUAUUUAUCUCGAAAAAAGAACUCCAUAAGUUGUUGAGCAAGACUUCGCUUAACGGCAUCCCUCUUCUGGUUCUUGGGAACAAAAUGGACGAACCUGGAGCUCUGUCUAAAGAUGCCUUCACUGAAGAAAUGGGGCUUCAGUUGCUUUCAGAUAGAGAAGUCUGCUGUUUCAUGAUAUCAUGCAAGAACUAUACCAACAUUGAUCAGAAAAAUAUCUGGUGCUUAGUAGAUAAAUAAGCUCUGUGCUGCUCCAUACGCUAAACGAUUAUUAUCUCUAUAUGGACAAACCAUUUGGUGAUUGUCCCUUGAGCUCCUGUCCUGGAAUCCUAGGUUGAUUUUGCUGUGAGGACACUGACCAUUCUCACAAGUGAAACCUGGUCUCUCCAUCAUGACAACAUUCUUUCUGAUAAGCCUUGGAGGGUGGAAGAAGAAGCAGGGAGAGUUGAGUGGACGUAGAUGAUGACGUGGAAGCAGUUAAUUCAACGGAAGAGUUUGUUACGACUCGUUAGAGAUGAUCAAGAGUAUAAAUAAUAGUUUGUUUGUAUGAGAGAGAGUAGCUUUUGAGAAUUGUAAUCAGGAUCUAAAGACUAGAAGUCUUGGAUUAGGCUCUCGGCGUC